GUAAUGGUCUGUGACUGUCUGUCCUGUGGAUUGAAGGCACGAUUGAAGGUUGUUGAAGUUGAGUUGAAGGGAAAUUAAUUUACUCCGCAAUUUAAUUAUUAAAAAUUGUUUUAUAUUAUGUUGUUGAUAUUGAAAUAUAUAUGAAUUUAAAAUAGGGUUUUGGUAAAGCCUCAUCACGAUGACAUUUGAAUUUAUACACAUUUAAUCAGCUUUUCCUAGGCCCUUUCAAUCAUCUUCAUGUUGACUUUAUGCCAUAACUAUUUUCGUGUUUUCCAUAAUAAUAAAAACAAUAAAGAUGGUAACCAACAUAACAGCAAAAGAAAAUUCGCCUUUGGUGUGUUCAUUUUAUUAAUAGUUGUUGUUCUAUGGGUCUUAUCUUCAGAGUUAACAAAGUACAUAUAUACGGAAAAGAAACUAGAAAGACCUUUUCUAGUUACGUAUGUGAGAAGCUCUUUCCUAUUUAUUUAUUUGAUAUUUUUGUGCUUUCAACCACCAACAAGAGACCCUUGUCGACCAGCAGAUUACACACAACUCACAGAACCUGUGGCAGAAACAGAUGAUGAACAUUAUUUUAAUGAGACUACAAAUAGUUUAGGUGACUCUACAUUUGUACCGGUCCGUGCGGGGGAGACCACCGAUAGUGACGAUGCCACCCCAAGAGCAGUGCGGUUUAAUAAAGUUGCUGAGGUGCGGGUCAUGUCAGCGGCUAUGGCGGGCGAGGCGUUGCUCGCGCGCCUGUCUUGGGCUGCGUCCGUCCGCGCCACAGAGUACGCGCAACGACGCGCGGCUGCAGCGGCGACGCGGCGACAUCUCAAACUGGCCAUGAUGUUCUGUAUACCGUGGUUUAUAUCCAACUAUUUGUACCGGCUGAGCCUUCUGCACACUAACACUAGCUCGGCCUGCGUGUACACAUCGACGACGGGUGCGUUCGCGAUGUCGCUCGGCGCAGUGUUCGCGCAGGCCUCGCACGAUCACUUCUCUCUGUCUAAAUGUAUAGCUGUCCUGCUCACCGCCGCCGGUUUGGUGGUAUUAGGCGUAUCAGAGAGUCAUCAAAGUAACUGGACAGCAGUUUUGGCAGCACUUGGCUCAGCGCUAUGUUACUCGAUACACCUUGUGUUGUUUCGACGAGAGCUAAGGAAAGGGGAUGGGAUCAAUUCACCAUUACUAGUUGGUUUAGUGGGUUGCGCUUGCGGCUGUCUCGCGUGGGUAGCGGGCGGAGUAUUAGCCGCGACAGGAAUAGAACGAGCCGAAUUACCUUCGCCCAAGCUGUGGAGCUGGGUGUUGCUGGACGCAGCAUUCGGCCCGCUGGCCAUUGAAUCACUGUGGCUGCUCGGUAAGUCGCUGACGUCUUCGGGCACGGCGAGCGGCAUGCUAGCGCUGACGCUACCACUAGCGGCGUGUGUGGAAGCGUACAGGGGCGCGGGCUCCGCGUGGCGAGGUGCCGCCGCCGCUCUGGCAGCCGCGGGAUGGGUGACCGCCGUCGCUGACAUACCAGCCAGCGCGCGACCCAUCACCUGGAUCACUAGCAGGCUGCGCGCCGCCGAGGGAUUCACGGCCAUAAGAAACAUAUCCGAACUAGAUGAACAAUCAGAAGCGUUGAUGUCAUCCGAUGAGCCAACGUAGCGUUCAUCCAAGGCUCGCGACAGGAAUCGCUUCAUAUACCGCACCUGUUAGACUGGGCGGCACAUAUACGGUUUCCUGGGGGUCAAUCGCCUAACGGAAUAGGGUGUUUUCCAAAAUUUUGAAAACUGUUUAUAAUUUAAGACUGGGACAAACGAUUUAACAGAAAAAUAAAUUAAUUAAUGUCUUUUUUUCUCCAUUAGACCAAUUAAAGUUGAAUUUAUUUUUAAUGGUUUUAAAUUUACCGCCAAAACGCUCGGUUCGAUGACGUCUACUGUGUGACGACAACUUUGUGUAAAUAACAAGUGAAAUCGAGUUAGAUCGCCCCAGACUACAUAUAGGUGUUAAAAUUAUUUACUCAAAGUAGACGAAAUUUAUUUUUAUUUUUCUGUUUAAUUGUUUGUCCCAAUAUUUAAAUAUAAGCAGUUUUAAACAAAUGGAAAUUACCCUAUUGCUAUGAGUUACGUUAUCGCUUACGAUUUCAUUUUGUUAUUUCUGACCGCCGAAGGUUUUCAAAUACCUUAAGCUCAUUGUCUUUAUUAUUGUUGUUACCAAUACAAAAGAAAAAAUACGAGUGCGGGGCAUUCGAAAACCUUCGGCGGUCAGGAAUAACAAAAUGAAAUCGUAAGCCAUAGCGAUAGCCAUAGCAAUCCCGUUAGGCGAAUGGCCCUCUGAUCAGAAAUCCAGAUUCGGAAUUCCGUGAUCCUAGCGCAGUUUCGGUUUUUUUAUUAGUUAGCGUCCGAACCGAACGUUAGGUUUUUUACCAUUCUGAAAAAAAAAACAAAAUACACACACUGCACCUUGUACAAUCAGGUUUCCGAAUCGGAAUUCCUGAUCAGGAAACCGUACAUACUCGCCUAACCUUAGUGUAAGUUCACGGGCGAACCGAGUGAAGUUGCCGCUGCUUUACGUGCACCACACACGCACUGAAGUAAGUAAACUUAUAGUAAAAUUGUCUAUGGUCGUAAACUUGCGUAACCCACCUUAAUUAUAUAACGGCCAAUUUCAUUAAUCAACCUUCAGUAAAAGGUAAGGAUAAUCUGUUUCCGUUAAUUUGCAACAGUUGUUUUUAUAAUCUAAAAUAUCAAGGCAACAAAGCUCUAAUAAGCCUAUAUAUUACUGGAGUUUCAUUACUGAAAUUGACCGUACAAAAAUAAUGUCUAUUCUAUAGUCACAUGUCCAAAAGGUAAAGGAGCAUAGUUAAAAUUCUAUUCAAGUUUGUACUGAUAUCGUAAUCCUGAACCAAAAAUUUUAUGAAAUCAUUUGUACAUAAUUGUUAAUUAAAAUGUUAUUACUCGAGUUUAAUUUUCAAAAGAAAAUUUUUGAGGCUGCGAAACGUCAAUAAAUAAAUAAAGUUCGUGCAUUAACCCGUUAAAACUAGUUUUAUUUAAUUUUCAAUUUAUCACAAUACAAAGUUAUCUCAUUUUUGUAAGAAAAAAAUAAUAUUUUUUUUAGCUGGUAACUAAGCUGACAAUAAAAGCUGAUGUCUUUAAAGAAAAGGCAAUGAUCUUUAGCUUUACACAUAAGCUGUUUAAUGUUUUAAAUAAAAAUAUUGUGACAUGACGGGAUGAGGUUUGAAAUUGUAACACCAGUUCACAUUUGACAGUUCUUUUUUAACCAGAUAAACCUAUCGUCCUAUAUUUAGGGCAGCACAAUUGAAAAAAUAUGUCUAAAUACCCGCGUAAGUAGGCCCAAAGAAAUGUAAUAAAUAUUAUAGAAGGUACUUUGAAGCAUUGUAUUAAAACUAUAAAAUUCUAAGAAAAGCUAGUCAAAAGUCAAAAUAUCUUUAGUCAAAUUGGAUGCACAAUAUAACUCUUUUAAAUCGUCUAUAUUUUUUCCCCAACCAACAGUUAAGGACAUUUUAUUCAGCUGUGGAGAAAAACUGGCGAAAAAAACUUCACAGCGUUAAAUAAUUAUGAAAAAAUAUUUACUAAAAAUUAUAUUGUUACGGUGUCAAUACAAAAUCAUUUCAUCUUCAUCAUAAUUAUAGAAAAAGCCUGUCGGAAUGUUCGGAACAGUUUAAAUCCAAGCAUGUUUGUCUGAAAUAUAAUCAGACACUUCAUAAUACUUAUUAAUAAGAACUCUUUUACGGUAGUUUUAAAUUUAUUGACGCUUAAUGUUUGGAUAUUGCUAGGGACUUUAUUGUAGAAACGUACACAAAUACCUUAGUUUGUCCUAAAAUCUGGUUAGGCCUGUAAAAUAUACAUGAGAUAACUUUGUAUGCAUCUACAUAUGUUUUUUCUUAUCCGUCUUAAUGUUGAUACAAAAAUAUAAUUCAGUGUCUAUAUUUUAAGUGUGCACCGAUUUUAGUGUGACCGGAUACUGUUUUCACUAGUCUAUCUUAUGAUUAGCAUUUAUGAAAAGUGAGUAAAUAGUAGUUAACCAUAACUUUAGUGUCGACCAUUCCAUAGAAUUUAGUGUAUAUUAUAAUGACAUUAUAAAUUUAAGUGCAAUAUGUUUCAAGAUAAAUCUUGUGGACAUGGAUGUUUAACUGUCACAUUUACAUGUAGAUAUCACCGUUAAUUGUUGGAUAAGCAAUGUAAUAGUUUUUUCCUGUUAUACUUAUUUAUGAGCAUGUGUUCAAUUAAAUUCCUUUUUAAUUUAUUAUUAUUGCUGUGACAAAAAUGUUUUUGCGUAUUCGUGUAAGUGCAACUGUCAGUUGUCAUCCUGUCGAUAAUGUUUUCAUAUAUAAUAUUAUACAAUAUAAAUUAUAACACAGAAUGCCCAAAGUGUAUGUUUUCACGUUUUAAUGAUGUAAAAAACUGCGUAACUUGUAAUGUUUCUAAAAAGACAAUACUUACUUCCUUUUUUCACAUAGAGGUAUAAGAAUAGAGUAGGGGAGAUAUAGACUCUACUACAAGUGGAAGUGAGCCUCUAAUAAAAAGAGAAAGAAGAUGAGAGACCGCUAGAUUUCUCUCUCUAAUCGCGCAUACGCAUUGGCAACCGUAAGCAUCUUACUAUUUCGAUGUCAUGCUUGGACCAACUAUUGGACAGACGACUGCGCAUGCGUCACAAGAGAGAGAGAUAGCUAGCGGUCUCUCAUCUUCUUUCUCAUUCUACUUGACGGACACAUUUAGAGCCGCCUUACCCAAUCUAUUCUUAUACCUCUAUGUUUUUUCACUCUAGCGGUGCCUUCUCAUCUCUAACUUAGGGUUGUACAAAAACGUUUUUUACCUUAAUAAUUAAUAUUACCAUAAUAAGUAAAUUCAUUGUAUUUUAUUGUGUGUAAAUCGUAACUGUUAAAAUAACAUACUCAUAAAAAUCAAUGUUUUCUAAUCACAAC